AUGCCUCCAUCAGAUCAUCAAGAGACUUCUUCCGUUCCAUUUUCAGCCAUUCGACGAGUAAUCUCAAGUAUCAGAAGCGAUCAAAUUCACGCCAUGGAAAUAAACAAAGACGCCAACAUUCAAAACCCAGAGUUUGAAUUAUUCCACAAACACGUCUUCGACAGAUUUCACCAUCUCUCAGAACCCACAUCCGAUGAUUUCCUCUCAAUUUCAUGGAUACAAAAACUACUCGAUGCAUUCUUCACUUCCCUGGAAGAAUUCAGGGUUCUAUUAUCCAAAAACACAGAUCGUCUUCAAAAACCCGCAAUGGAUAAAAUCCUUUCCGAAUUCUUCGACAAGAGUAUCAAAGCUCUCGACAUCUGUAAUGCUAUCCGCGACGGGAUCGAGAAGAUCCGUGUAUGGCAGAAACAUCUAGAGAUCGUUCUCUCCGCAUUAGACGGAAAACAGAGAACGGCCACCGGAGAAGGUAAUUUCCGGCGAGCGAGGAAAGCGUUAAUGGAACUAUCUCUCAUGAUGUUAGACGAAAAAGAAAGCGGUUCUGGUUCUUCAAUGUUUCAACAACGAAACAGAUCCUUCAAUCGUCACAACUCAGUCGGAAUUAAAGAUCGUCAAUCGAGACAUUCUAGAUCUCUCUCAUGGAGUGUUUCAAGAUCAUGGUCGGCUUCAAAGCAACUUCAAUCAAUCGCGAAUAACUUAAUCCCACCGCGUGGCAACGAAGUAAUCGCAAGUAACGGUCUUGCAAAUCCGAUCUACACGAUGAGUUCCGUUCUGAUGUUCGUUCUAUGGACGCUUGUCGCCGCGAUUCCUUGCCAAGAUCGAGGCUUGAACGCGCAUUUCUCGUUUGGGAGGAAUUUGAAUUGGGCGGUGCCGAUGGUUUUGAUUCAGGAGAGGAUUUUGGAAGAAGGGAGGAAAAGGGAACAUCGUAGUUGUAAUGGGUUGAUGAAGGAAGUGGUGGAUAUGGAGAAAUGCGUUCGGCGAUUGACGGAGAUGGUGGAUUCGGUUAGGUUUCCGGUGACGGAGGAGAGGAAAGAGGAGGUGGGUAAAGGGGUGGAGGAAUUGGAAAGAAUUGUGAGUGGGUUUAAGAAGAGUAAUGAUCCAUUGGAGAAACAAUUAAGGUUGAUUUUUCAUAAGAUUAUGAGUUGUAGGACUGAAGGACUUGAACUUUUGAACCAGGCCAAAUGA